AUGGCACUUACACCCAUUGUAGAGGAGUUGCUCGCAUACAGCCGCAAGUAUGACGCUUUCAUAGCCAGCGGCAAGCAGUUCCCCAGUUCACGUGAGGAAGACGAGGACUAUGUCAACACUCGGCAGGCCAUCAUUGACGGUUCGCAGCGGCUCCGCAUGGCGGCCAUGACGGUCGACCAACGCCUGCAUCAACCCCCGGCUAACUGCUGCCAGGCCUACGACGUUGCCGUCAUGAGGGCGCUCAGCGAACUCAAUUUGGCCCAGCACGUCCCCGACGAGGGCAUAACAUUCGCGGACCUCUCCCGGACCGUGGGUAUCCACGAGCGCGCCCUGGCCAAGAUUAUGAGGACCGCCAUCUGCCAGGGCUUGUACCAUGAGCCCGAGCCUGGGCUUGUCAAGCACACCGAGGUAUCCAAGCUGUUCACCCUCCCGGGCAUUCAAUCUCUGUGUCGCUUCACCAUCGCAACGGUGCUGCCGUCGAUGGAAAAGCUAGUCGAGGCCUCCAAAGGCUGGAAAGGCGACCAGGACCCGUCGCAAUCGGCGUUUGACCUGGCACAUAACAUUAACAAGGAAGGGUCCGCGACCAACUUUCCCGACGAGGCCUGCUUCAAAGCCAUCAUGAGUCCGCAAGACGCCAAAGGCCUGGCAUCGUAUCCUCUCUGGCAGGAAAUCGACAAACCGGGUGCGGUUUUCGUCGACGUCGGCGGCAACCACGGCUACGGAUCACUCGCAAUCGCCAAGGCUACAAAACACGUGCGUUUCGUAGUGCAAGACCUGCCAUCGAUCAUCGAGCGCGCCCAGAGCCAGGAGUCGCAGCCGGGAGGCAUCUUGGUCGACGCCGACGCCGGCCAUCGCAUCCAACUAGAACCGUACGACAUGUUUUCCGGCCCUCAACCGGUGGAGCAGGCAGACGUAUACUUCUUCCGGGCCGUCUUUCACAACUGGUCAGAUGCCAAAUGCAACGAGAUACUCCAGAAUCUCAUGCCUGCGCUCAAGACAGGCGCCCGAAUCAUCAUAUGCGACAUGGUGCUGCCUGAUCGUUGCGAGGUAACCGACGAGCAGCACUACAGUCGCAUCUCGGACCUGGUCAUGUUUGCUCUCCACAACGCCUGCGAGCGGAGCGCCAACGAGUGGAAGGCCUUGUUUACCUCUGUUGACCCAAGGUUCUGCAUCAAGGAAAUGUAUCCAUUAUGGCCUGGUUCAUACAUGAAGUUUAUCCACGUCGUGUUAGACUCCUAA